GCGGAUGUAUGCCAGAUAAAAUGUCAAGGGAACCUUGAAGUGUUUCAGCCCUGAUUUGACCUAAUAAGAGGUGGGUGCAGUCCUGACGGCUCAACGGAUAUAGACGCUGCCCUCUUGUUAUCCAGUGGAGCCGGCGGAGUGGACUCUGACCUACCCAGAAGCCCCAUGUGAUCCUCCUCAGUGUGUGUAUGCAAGAACACGUCUGUCGCUGACCCCUACGCAUGAUGGCAGCGAGUCGUCUCCAACACCUCCAGGGAACGAAGGGACCCGCAUGACACGCAGCAGAGGGGGACCCAUUUGGGGAGGCUUCUUCUCCUUUCGCCCUGGUCUUCGAGCUUCCUCCGGACCGCACCAUGGCUCUGCUCGUGCACCUGCUGGCCUGCGCCUUCGGCCUCGGCUCCUGGGUGGCCGUGAAUGGCCUGUGGGUGGAGCUGCCGCUCAUCGUCAACACCCUGCCAGAGGGCUGGGACCUCCCGUCCUACCUGACAGUCAUCAUCCAGCUGGCCAACGUGGGGCCUGUGCUGGUCACCCUCAUGCACAAACUGUGCCCGGGUCGCCUCAAAGAAACAGUCGUCAUCUACUGCAUCCUCUCCAUCGGCGUCAUCUCCUGCGUCUUGCUCGCCUUCUUCUGGGACAAGACCACGGUGGUGGCGGGGGCAACGCGUAGCACCGCCUUCUUCGCCAUCACCUUCUUCCUCUCUCUGGUGGACUGCACCUCCUCGGUCACCUUCCUGCCCUUCAUGAUGCAGCUUCCGGCGAACUACAUCACCACGUACUACAUCGGCGAGGGGCUCAGCGGAUUCAUUCCCGGCGUCGUCGCUCUGGCACAAAGUGUUGGCAUCGCCAAAUGUGUGAACUCGUCUCAGACCGCAGGAAACCAGACGGACGGGGGCUUGUGGUCAUCACAUACGGAGUAUCUCCCUCCCAAUUUUUCCACGGAGGUGUUUUUUGGCCUCCUCGCCGUGAUGAUGUGCAUAAGCCUGGCCGCCUUCGCCGCACUAAACCGGCUCCCCCGGAUAUUCGAUCUGUCCACCGAAAAGCUCGUGCCAGACGCCGUGGCAUCCGUGAGCUCCGGCCUGGAGAACCCCGGAGCGGAGGCCGCCGGAGAGGGCGCGAGAUGCCAGGGGGAGGCGGCGGCCCGGAGCGAGCCUCUGUCGACCAGCCCGAAACAUUCUGUGUACCAGCUGACCUUCAUCUACUUCAUGGUGGUGUGGGUCAACUGCGCAACUAACGGCGUGCUGCCCUCGGUGCAGACGUACUCCAGCAAGUCCUACGGGAACCUGGCCUAUCACCUCUCUGCUGCCCUGGCAUCAGUAGCCAACCCAGUGGCUUGCACCAUCGCAAUGUUCUUCCAAAACAGGUCGCUGGUGUUCCUCGGCGUGAUGACGGCACUGGGGACCGGUUUCGGCAGCUAUAACAUGGCGAUGGCAGCUAUGAGUCCAUGUCCUUUGCUUCAGGGGUCUGUGGUGGGGGAGAUGAUCAUUGUGCUCUCGUGGCUCUUCUUCACUGGGACGCUGUCUUACGUCAAAGUAAUGGUGGGUGUCAUCCUGAGAGACCAGAGCCACAGUGCCCUGGUCUGGUGCGGAGCAGCGACGCAGGUGGGCUCGCUCGUGGGCUCGCUCACCAUGUUCCCUCUGGUUAACGUCUACCGGCUGUUCAAGUCGGGGGACUUCUGCAGCACCCGAUGCCCCUCGUGACAGUAAAUCUGAGAGCCGCGUUCCUGAGGAGUCUGGAGUCAAAGGAGUAGUUUGUGCUCAUUCAGAGGUGCGAUGAGAAGAUCCGUUCUGGGGUCCGUGGGUUUGAGCGCAGCGCUGGAGUCCGUUACUUAGCUUAGCAUUAAGACGAGAGGAAACUGCUAGCUUCGCUCUGUUAAAUGUACAGAUCACUAAUCAUCUUGUCAAUGACAACCACAGUUUGCGUGUGUUUUAUUGGACUUUGGAGGAGUUGGUAAGUAGAUUUUUCUUUGAUUUGAUAGUCAGAUUUAUUGUUGCCCUGUUUAGGUCCUAAUGGUAAGCUAACCCGCUGCCGGCUCUAGAGCUCAAUAUACUGUAUGAAAAUACGAGAAUGGACUCUACUACUCUAAUCCACAGCGAGGAAUAACAAGUAUUAUACAACAUGAAACUCCUUAGAGGUUCUCCACUUGGACCCAGAGUCAGUUAUUCAUAGUCAUUUGUUAAAGAAAAGAUCGUUGAAAACUUUUACACCGGGUUCACACUUAACCUUGUAAGUCAUUUAAUAAACUAUGAUGGGAAAUGCUAUUAACUUACUAUGCUAUUAAUGUAUUAAAAUGAAAAAGGUGGUUUCAGGUGUUUAGGAGCAUUGCACCAAUCAUGAAGCUGCUAUCUCAUUUCCCCACUAGAUGGCGCAAGCACACUUCUGUGUAGUAAAACCUGCCCAUGCACUUGUGCACACACAAAGUGACCACAAAUCCUGCUCACGUCCAUCUACACAGUGCACUUGACCGGAUGAAGUGCUUGUAUAUAAAUGUUAAACAUAUUAGCCAAGGAUUUAAUGGGACAUUUCUACACCUAUAACACGGGAUCUUUUUUUUACAUUGAAACCUGAAAAAAACUAUUACAAAAAAGCUGUAAUACUUUGUUGCUGAA